AUGAAAUACGAAAGUGAAUUGACUCCUAAAAAAAAUCGCCUUGGAAUUUUAUUCAAUGAAGUUAUUCUUUCGCAUAAAACUGAUCUUCCCGUCGAUAAAUCAUUUAUACGAAUCAAUACGAGAGAUUCAUCUGAUCUAAGUGGUUAUUAUCAUAGGAAUGGAACAAUACGAAUUGCUAUUAUAGGCAAUAGUUAUUCACGAAGCAGUCUUUAUAUGCUAAAUAAAAUUCUCGGCGAUAAUAUCGAAAUAAUCCAAGUCUUUUGUCAUAUUAAAUGUUUCGGUUUUUGGUCAAAUUUAUCAAAUUUUUGUAAAAAAUUCAUGAGCGAUACAUUGGAGAAACUUCGAGUUUUAAAGCCACACUUAUUGUUUCUAAUUUCAACUGCAUACGACGCGAAUCGCUUUCAAAGUUUACUUGAUACAUACAGCAGUUUAGCGGAGAGAAUUAUCAUAAAUUAUCCAUUUCCGAUUCUCAUGAGAGGAUCAAAAAAUAUAACAGCAACAAUAACGAGGAAAUUAUUACUAUCGUAUUCUAUUAAUGACAUUUACAUAAAAUAUGAGGAAUUUUGGGAAACUUUUAAGGAUAUUUUUCAUAUUCUUAAUUCAAUGAAAUGUUAUAAAUGCAUUAGAGUUUAUCCACAUAAAAUGCUUUGUAAUAACACGGUGAAGAGUGGUUUCGCUAGAUUCUCAGCGGCGGUAUCAUUCUCGACUUCGGCACCACGGAAACGUUUGCUUGUUGUAGCCAAAAAAAAGAACGGUUUAUCUCAGGUAGUUCAAAAAAAAUAUAAACGUGAAACCACAGGACUUAUGUAA